AUGCGGGACAUUCCCGUACGGCGGGCGAUGCGGCACAGUUCCACCUCCACUUCCGCGGAAACGACGGACACAUCCGACGGCGACGAUGAGUCUUCGACCUUCGGAAUGCCAAUGCGUCACCAAAUCUUACGAGCUUCAUUGGCCCAGGUCCCUGCGUACGGCUGGACACGGGAUGCCGUGGCGGCAGCGGCGGCGGAGGAAUCGUGUUCCGUGGCCGUCGCGGGGCUCGUGGAUCCCUCCGAACUCGUCCAGUUCUGGAUGGAUGAUUGUCGUCAGCGUUUGCAACGAGACUUGGCGGUACUCGCCGAAACCGAAUGGAAGUCUUUCGCAAAUCCAAACAACAACAAUGCUACAAAAUUGCGGGAUCGGGUGGCGACGGCUUUGCAAACACGGCUCGCCUACACCAUUCCGUACUUGCAAUCGUCGCGAUGGCACCAAGCCAUGGCGUUGGGAGCAAGACCGGACAAUGUCUGGACCACACGACUGCAAAUCGAGCAACUUGUGGAAACCGUCGCCGACGCCGUGACCGUGGACCACGGAGAGGGUGACAAAUUGCCGGCUUGGUCCGAGCCGCAAAAGCUGGGACUCGGAGCCGUGUACGUUGCUGCCGAACUGCAUAUGCUCGCCGAUACGUCGAACGACUACGCCGAUACCUGGGCGUUCGUCCGGGAUCGUGUACAGGAAUGGGAACAACUUGUUGGUGUUGCGAGUCUCUGGCCCACACUCCCGAACACGAACGAGCUUGCCUACAAAAACACCAACGAAAACAGCAAUCCGUUCUACGUCGCUUCGGCCGUCGCAAGUUCCGUCACCAGUGGUGUACUAAGCCUGUUGGUUCCACAGACAGCUUCGUCCAUACGCAACGGACUGCAACGACACGCCGCGAAUUCUUACGCCACCAGUCCCGCACACCUCCUGUGGAACGUCAUGGUGCAGAUAUCCCCGGCGGGCGGGACCGGUACCAAAGUAGACGCCACCAAUCCUCGGUACUAUCAAGCGACGUCCAAAAGCUCGGAUUCGGGCGCUGCUUCCGGCGAGACGAAAUAA